CGCUCGACGGCGCUGACGGCAUCGGCGGAGGGGGGGGGGGGUUCCCGCCGAGAAAAAUAACGAUAUUUGAGGAAGGGCGACGGAGAAAGUGCGUCGGGAAAAGUACCGGGGAAGCUUAAGGUACUGUUGCGGCAAGGUGCACAGUCACUUUCAUGGUGUACGAUAACAUGCGCAGCGCAUGAAGCGAGCGAUGGUUGGUCAUCCAAACGGGCCGAGGCAGCGCCGGGAACUGGACAGCGAAGUUCGCUUGGACUGUGGAGUGAAAAAGGCGCAUGAGAGGCUCGAGGACACAGUCAACGAAGCCCACAGCAACCAGACCUCAAUUCUUUGUUUUAGGAAAACGAGACACACUGAAGAAUGUUAGAUGAACAAUACUUUACUCUGAAGAGUUGCUGGUGUUACAGUCUGAGGGAAGGAUGCAUAGCCAUAAGCAUCUCCCGGCUGGUAAUCAGUCUCCUGAACUUACCAAAACCAUGCAUCGCGCUCUCCAAAUUCGUCAACGAUUCCCUCAGCCAACGAGACAGCAUUUAUAAAGGCGAAUUCUACAUAUGUAUCAUUUUAAUCAUAAUGGCUGCGGCUAAUGUCAUCGGCAGUAUCAUCCUGAUCGCCGGUGUCCUAAAGCGGCACCGAAGCAUGAUGAAGACGUGGGUGUACUUCGUCGUUAUCUUCGUGGCCGCACACGUUUACAACAUGUUUAAGAAUCAGGGUUCCCGCAACGGCGUUCAAUUCCUCCUUUCUGCGAUGGAUAUUGUUUUCGUCUUUUACUGUAUGUGCGUGAUACGCUGCUAUUAUCUAUCGGUGAGAAUUUUUUUUUGUUUCAGUUAUUACCCUUUUUCGCUCCGUUCGGCCAACGCUCACGUCGAUGAAGAGAUGUUGCAAAGCGCUUCAGAACGGGAAAUUGCAAUGUCAGACCCAAGUUUGUGGGUUGCAGCUCUUAAUACGGAAACUUGAAUUCCAUUGUUAUUAUCAUUAUCAUCACUGACAUUAUCAGUAUCACUCUUGUUGCUGCUAUUAUUAUUUUCAAAGCCGUCAAUAAUGUAUCACUAUCAUUAUCACCGAGAGCUAGAUACAUUUUUCAUGCAGUGUCUAGUACCCAUUUAAUUUCCUUUAAUUUAAUUAUACAUUUUCCCCCU